UUUUUUUUUCGCCUGACAAGUAUAUAUGGUCUCAGUGUUUACAGUUAGCUAGUCAGAGUUCUUUGUGUUUUUGUCGGCACCUGAAAGUCAAAAUGUCCCGGCUGUAUUACAGCCUACUUUCUUUCUCAUAACUAUUCGAAGGCAAAUAUUGUGACAAAAAAACCAUAAACUUUUUCAGGAUACACAUUUGUUUUUCCCCAUCUUUUUUUUGUUUUUUUGUUUUUUUCAUCCACUUGUAACUGAGGAAGGCGCUUCAUCUGGAAACGUCUGCAUAAGGUCAUCUUAAAGUUAAGACAAGGUCUACAUUGAAGGUGGCAGCCAUGGUGUUAAUUCUGGGCAGAAGGAUGAACAGGGAGGACUCUGGGAUCAGAGAAUCACCAGCUGUCAAACGCAAGGUGUUUGAGGUUGACUCCAAAACUUUAGCCAGCCAGGAUGUCUUGGACUUCUGUUCUGGCUCAUCCCACUCAGAGGGCAUCCUGCAGGUGUUCAAUGAGUUUCGUGACUGCCGCCUGUUCACUGAUGUGGUCAUCAGCGUGCAGGGCCGCGAGUUCCCCUGCCACCGCGCUGUGCUCUCUGCAUGCUCCUCCUAUUUCAGAGCCAUGUUCUGCAACGAUCACCGUGAGAGCCGCGAGAUGCUCGUGGAGAUCAAUGGCAUCCUGGCCGAGGCGAUGGACUCCUUCCUCACCUACGUUUACACCGGCCGCGCCAAGAUCACCACUGAGAAUGUCCAGUUCCUCUUUGAGACCUCCAGCCUCUUCCAGAUCACCACACUGCGUGAUGCCUGUGCAAAGUUCCUGGAGGACCAGCUGGACCCGUGCAACUGCCUUGGCAUCCAGCAAUUCGCAGAUGCCCAUUCCCUGAAGCAGCUAGCCAGCCGCUGCCGCAUUUAUGCCUUGGCUAACUUCUCAGAGGUGGCUCAGCAUGAAGAGUUCCUCGACCUACGCAGAGAAGAGCUGGAAGAAUACAUUGGCAGUGAUGAGCUGUCCAUUGGCAAGGAGGAGGUGGUGUUCGAGGCGGUGAUGCGAUGGGUGUACCACAUUGUGGAGCACAGGAAACCCAUGCUGAAGGCCCUGCUGCACCAUGUGCGCCUGCCGCUUUUGCACCCAAACUACUUUGUCCAGACAGUGGAGGGAGACCAAAUCAUCCAGAAUGCUCCAGAGUGCUACCAGCUUCUCCAUGAGGCCAGGCGCUAUCAUGUGCUAGGAAAUGAAAUGAUGUCACCCAGAACUCGUCCACGCAGGUCGACUGGCUACUCUGAGGUGAUUGUGGUCGUUGGUGGCUGUGAGAGGGUGGGGGGCUUUAACCUGCCCUACACUGAAUGCUAUGAUCCAGUCACAGGAGAGUGGAAAUCAUUGGCCAAACUGCCUGAGUUCACCAAGUCGGAGUAUGCUGUCUGUGCCCUCCGCAACGACAUCCUUGUGUCAGGUGGUCGUAUCAACAGCAGGGAUGUGUGGAUGUAUAACUCACAGCUCAACCUUUGGAUCCGAGUGGCUUCUCUUAACAAAGGCCGCUGGAGACACAAGAUGGGUGUCCUACUAGGCAAGGUCUAUGCUGUUGGCGGCUAUGAUGGCCAGAGCCGCCUGAGCAGUGUGGAGUGUUAUGACUCCUUCUCUAACCGCUGGACAGAGGUGGCUCCAUUGAAAGAGGCGGUCAGCUCCCCCGCCGUGGCCAGCUGUGCCAGCAAGCUCUUUGUCAUUGGAGGAGGGCCUGAUGAUGAAACUUGCUCAGACAAGGUGCAAUGCUAUGAUCCAGAGACAGAUUCUUGGUUACUACGUGCCAACAUCCCCAUCGCUAAGCGCUGUAUCACAGCAGUGUCCCUCAACAACCUGAUCUAUGUCUGUGGUGGUCUCACCAAGUCCAUAUUCUGCUAUGACCCUGCAGAGGACUACUGGAUACAUGUGGUUCACACCUUUAACAAACAGGAGAGUUGUGGCAUGUCAGUGUGCAACGGGAAGAUCUUCAUCCUUGGUGGCAGAGGGGAAAAUGGCGAAGCUACAGACACCAUCCUGUGUUAUGACCCGUCAACGGGCAUCAUCACAGGAGUGGCUGCCAUGCCACGGCCGAUCUCCUACCAUGGCUGUGUGACCAUCCACCGCUACAAUGACAAGUAUCACAGGCCCUGACCAUAAACCAACACGCAGACAGACACACACACUCUCACAUGAGAGCGCAAACAAAGAACUUUAACUCUCUGAAACUUAAACUCUUUAUCACACACUUCUUUAGAACAGGCACAUUUUAUCAUACAGUACCGUUGAGCUAAUUUAUUUUCUCACAGCAUCAUGUAGCAUUAGUCACUGUGGUGCUGUGAAACUUUUACUGUUGUGUACCAUAGUUUUAGCCCUUCUGUGGAAAUGCGUAGUGGUUGAUCAUGCUAAUGACGCUAUUGACUUAAGAAAUUGAGAUAAAGUGGAGUCAGAUCAACAUGGCAGAUUUGUCUCGCAUUAGAAAUAACUGCACAAGGUUGGGGAGAAAUGAAUCACAUAACAGAAUUAAAGAAAACUGUUUAUGAUAAUGAUUUUCAAUCAGAUUGCAAAUAAUGAGAGUAUAAAUUGAUUCUUAACCUGUGGAACACGUAUCUGUAGGAAGAUAUUAUAAACUCAAGGUUCACGUACUUAGCUUUUCACAGAGCUGUUAACCGUAGCCCAUCAUGUGACCAAAGUACAUUGCGUAGGUCUAGUGAUUACACUUCAGCUUCGAUUCGCUGAAGAAGGCCAUGGUUUAUAGCUUACUUACCUGCAGCUUCUAUGGAUUCAAUACUAACUGAAAAAUCUAAAACUAAAAACGUAAUUGCGUUUUUAUAAUUGAUUUUACUGUGAUAUUGGUUAUAAGCAGGUCAUCGGUUUGAAAGUGAACUUCCCAACAAUGUGCUCUUAUUCUAGGACGCUGACGAGCUAAAGUGAUCACAGACAGUGCUGAUGAACAAAAACAGUGAUUGAAAAAGUAUCCGUACAAAGUCAAGAGUCAUCUGCCAGCAGAAGAUAAAAUUGUAUGACUUUAUUUGUGACUGAAAGAUGAGCAGCCAGGCCAGAUACCUGACCUUGUACCUGCUGCACUCAACGCAGAUGUGUACAUUCAGUACAGUGCAGCACAGCACUGGUAAAGAACCUAAAUAUGUACUGUCCUCUGUUUUUUAGCUCUUUUUCUUAAUACUAAAAAUGAGCUGAUAGAAAUGUGGUAAACAGUCAGCCAGCUGCUCUCCCACCGUAUCAUUGGUCAUAAAUAUAAGUUGCUCUCACCGAGGGUUAAGAGAAGAGAUAAAAAGCAGAGCCUUUACCAUAAUAUUGGAACAUAGCCAUUGGUAGUUCUGUCCUCUUGUUUCCUUUUAUCUUUCAUGUCCUUCCAUUUAUCACCCUAGUCCCUUUCCCUUUUUAUUGCUCUAGUGUGUCAUCACCUCACAUUUUCUAUUCUACAUUGAUAUCCCAUUUUAAGCGUUAUGUUGCUUUAUUUUUUAGAAUUAUUCUUAUUAUACUCAUUACUGACAUUUUCUUUAUUUUUAUUUUUUAUUUUUAAGUUAUACUCAUUUAUCUUUUUUAUAUUUUAUAUAUAUGUUUAUUGUAUUAUCUGUAGUUUUCGUGUGUCUGUUUCAUAUCAAUGUUAGUUCAUUGGUGUACUGGGCUUGUGGGUGGUUUUGUAGAUGUGAGAAGCCUUUGUAGAUCAAACUCGAAGACUGCUCUGAAUAAGAGGUUUGCAUGUUUGGUCUGUAUCUAUGAAUGUGACUUUUAUGACUCAGUCUAGAUGUGUUGGAGCCACGGAGGUUUGUCAUGGAGCUCUAGCAUUACACAACUGCUAACGUCUCUUAACAGAACUCUUCACAAUGAUGCUGGCACCUCUCACCUGUACACUUACAUGUAAAGAUGUAACUCGGGGUAACCAUAGAUACCUCCAGGUAUGUAUGUGUUAAUAUGUGUUUACUGGUAAGCUAAGGGGGCGUGUGUAGCAGUGCUAUAUCUCGCAUGGGGGGGUAAGAGCUCUGAAUGGCAAGGAUUUUUGAUGGAGUGGCUCAUGGUCAGUAAAAGUCACCUUUUAUUAUAUUUGUUAUUGAUAGAGUAGAGAUAUUGCUGUGAAUAUAACUUUAAUUUUUUUGUUGUUUUCUUUGUUUAACCUGUAUUUAAAUGUAUCUCUUUCUUGGUUAUAUAUUGUGUUUUUCUGUAACUGAGAGCCCCAACUGUGCACUUUGACAGAGUUCUGUUAAAUGUAGAAUUAUAUGACAAUGAUUUACUUUUUUUUUUUUUUACUGUAUCAGUAAAUGUUCUUUGCUUUCAUGUGACGUAUGUAAGAGACAGUAAAAGGGCCUGUCAGCUCCUCCUGUUGGCCACUACCUGCAAUGGCUCUGAUAUUAACAAAAUAACAAAAACAACAAAGAUUGCUGGAAGAGAACAAUGCCAAGAGUGAGUAAGAGAGUUCUAACUUUUCAUUUUAGGGUGAAAAAUAGAGCAUACGCCUCUGUAUGUCAGCCACAAUGACAAAAACAGGUGGGGGUAUUUCAGCUUAAUCCACCCUUCAGAUGUAUUCUGAGAAGGAUGAGUUCAGUACAUUAUAGGCACAAAACAUCCCCAGGCACAACCACACUCCUUUGCAGAGUAACAUACUUAGGAUAACUCAGGAGGCCAGCAAGAGGAGGCUGAGGGGCAAGAAAGUGGUAUGGCAAAAGAGUAGGAGUUAGAUAAAUAGUGAGAGAGAGAAAAUUUGAAUGUGUGUGCGUCUGUGAUUUCACUGAGUAUUUACACAGAAUGGGACACAGACACUGUCCCGUUAUGUUGAUUUAUUGAUUUUCAUUAUUCACUGUGUAGAGGCUUUCAUAAAUUGUUUGCUUUUGAUAGGAUUGUUCAUUGUUUUUGUGUUGAUUUAUUUUUCUUUUGCUUGAUCUGGUGAGUUGUGGGACUGUGUGUUGCUGAGAUAUUUUGCCUCCCACGCAGAAAUGGCAUGCCUUAAAUUAAACCAUGAAGAGUGGAGCGUUAAAAGUUGAUUGCUGGGUUUUAUUAUGAAUGCAGAUGAAAGCCCAAAUUGAUUUGAUUCAAUCCCAAAGCUGACUUUGUUGAAAAAUGGCAAUGGAUAAAUUGUUCUCGCAUGCAAGAUGGUUGCUUUAAUCUGUUAAUUGCAGAAUGCUGCCGUAUGUGCCUUAAUAAAAGAAUAACAACUUGGGGAAUUAAAUCGGGUCAUUUUGAUAUAAAUUUAUCCUCGUAUGUAUGACGUGAUAUUUUAACACACCUCUUUCUCCUCAGACGCUCUUUGUCUAACUGCGAGGAAGCUUUGAAUUUUUGUAAACUGCAGUAUAUUGUAAUGCAAUGGUUGACUAAAGUUUUUCUUUCACUACCAA